AUGGCUACAAGAUUUAAGAAGAAUAGGAAAAAGAGAGGACACGUAUCAGCAGGUCAUGGUCGUAUUGGUAAACACAGAAAACAUCCAGGUGGAAGAGGAAAAGCUGGUGGUAUGCACCACAUGAGAAUAAAUUUUGAUAAAUAUCACCCAGGAUACUUUGGAAAGGUUGGUAUGAGACAUUUUAAUCUGCUAAAAAACCGCAAAUUCUGUCCAACUAUAAACGUUGAUAAAUUAUGGGGUCUUUUACCAGAAGAAAAAAAGAAAGAAUUUUCCGAGAACAAAAAUAUAGCUCCUGUGAUAGACGUGACAAGAAAGGGGUUCUUCAAGGUUUUAGGAAACGGUAAACUAAAGCAUGGUCAACCAAUUGUUGUUAAGGCAAGAUAUUUUUCCUCAGUAGCUGAGAAAAAAAUAAAGGCAGUUGGGGGACAAUGUAUAUUGGUUGCUUAA